CCCCGAGACGGCGGCUCGCAGGCGCUGUCAUGGCGGGUUUGCGGAAGAAGACGACCGGCCUGGUGGGCUUGGCGGUCUGCGAGAGUCCGCACGAGAGACUAAGAAUUCUAUACACAAAGAUUAUUGAUGUUCUUGAGCAAAUGCCUGCAAAUGCGGCCUACAGAAAGUAUACUGAACAGAUAACAAAUGAGAAGCUGGGUAUGGUUAAAGCAGAACCAGAUGUUAAAAAAUUAGAAGAUAAGCUUCAAGGUGGCCAAAUAGAAGAGGUGAUUCUGCAGGCUGAAAAUGAACUAAGUCUGGCAAGAAAAAUGAUGCAAUGGAAGCCGUGGGAGCCUUUAGUAGAAGAACCUCCUGCCAACCAAUGGAAAUGGCCAAUAUAAUCAUCACUAAAUGUU